AGCAGAUGGAGGACGGGACUGAGCGAAGCAGAGAGACACACUUCUGGGAUAUACAUAUAUAUAUGUGAAUAUUUACGGCAGAAGGCAGCAAUACUGGGAAAAAAAUUUCCAGCGGAGCUUUUCUUUUUGAUUCCGUUCUGGAAGAGAUCGAGAUAUUGUUUCAAAGGAACUUACAACUGAUUCAGUUUUUCCAACAAGUUGUCUCCUCUCGUCGUCAUGAGGUCACUGGUCCUGGCCUUCUUCUGCCUGCUAUGCUGCAGCGCGGCGCGUCCAGAAAGACGCCGUCCCAAACUGGUCAUGGUCAAACGACGAAACGACACAACCAUCCAGAACAACACACCGGAGAAUCCGUGUAAAGCCACGCCGCUGGACUUCAUCUUUGUCAUCGACAGCUCCAGGAGCAUCCGACCCGAAGACUAUGACAAGGUCAAGACCUUCAUCAUCAACCUGCUGCAGUUUCUCGACGUUGGCCUCAACGCCACCCGUGUGGGGCUGCUGCAGUACGGCAGCGUGGUCCAGCCUGAGUUCUCCCUCAGCACCCACACCUCCAAAGCCCAGGUGGAGGAGGCUGUGAGAAACAUGCAGCAUCUGGCCACCGGCACCAUGACCGGCUUGGCCAUCCAGUACACCAUGGAGGUAGCGCUCACUGAGGAGCAGGGGGCCCGACCGAAGAGCCUGCAAAUCCCACGGAUUGCUAUGAUUGUGACCGACGGAAGACCUCAGGACACAGUGGAGGAGAUCGCGGCUGAAGCGAGGGAGGCCGGCAUCCAGAUUUUUGCAAUCGGAGUGGGACGGGUGGAAAUGAAGACCCUGAAGGCCAUAGGAAGUCAGCCCCACUCUGAGCAUGUCCACCUGGUGGCCAAUUUUAGUCAGAUAGAAACCCUGAUCUCAGUAUUCAAGUCCAAGCUGUGUGGAGGCUCAGACAUGUGCAAGGUGGUGGAGCAUCAGUGCCAGCACAUCUGUGUGAGCAGUCCCGCCUCCUACAGGUGCAGGUGCCGGAAAGGCUUCACUCUCAACCCGGAUGGGAAGACAUGUAAAGCUGAGGAUAUGUGCGCCAUGGUGGACCACGGCUGUGAUCACAUCUGUGUCAACCUGGCUGAUGGCUACGAGUGUCGCUGUCGUCCAGGAUAUGAGCUCACCAUUGACCUGAAGACAUGCAACAGAAUAGAUUACUGUGACCUGGGAAACCAUGGCUGUGAGCACAACUGUGUCAGCUUACCGGGAUCCUACAUCUGCAGCUGCAAGAAAGGCUUCGUCCUGAAUGCAGACGGAAAGACUUGCAGCCAGAUUGAUCACUGCGCUGCUGGAAGCCACGGGUGUGAACAGGAGUUUAUGAACACAGAAACCGCCUGUGUGUGUAAAUGCACUAACGGCUACACACUCAGGUCAGAUGGGAAAACCUGCCAAAAGGUGGAUCCCUGUGCUGACGGCAGCCAUGGCUGCGAACAGGAGUUUGUGAGCGCCGGAGACUCGUGUGUGUGUCGAUGCAGGAUAGGCUUCACACUCAGACCAGAUGGGAAAACUUGUAAAAAGGUGGAUCCCUGUGCUGACGGCAGCCAUGGCUGCGAACAGGAGUUUGUGAGCGCUGGAGACUCGUGUGUGUGUCGAUGCAGGAAAGGCUUCACACUCAGACCAGAUGGGAAAACUUGUAAAAAAAUAGAGCACUGCCUUCAAGGGAAUCACGGCUGUGAGCAGGAGUUCAUGAAUACGGAAAAUUCGUGUGUGUGUAAAUGCGGAGAAGGAUACACAUUGAGACAAGAUGGGAAGACAUGUCAGACACGAUACAUCCACGGCGUGGCGGUGCACUGGUACCUGGACAGUCUCGUCCCUGCAGAGGCGAGCCUGGGAGCCACCCACCAGCUGUUCCCGGAGUACUAUCUGUUUGGCACGGAGGCCUGUGCGGGCUGGAGCUCAGUGGACCGCGGGGUGAAGCUGGGCAGCUGGGACCACGCGGAGCAGUACGCACAUGACAUCCUAGAGGACUUAAAUCAUUACGUUGUGGGUUGGACUGACUGGAACCUGGCACUGGAUCAGACUGGUGGGCCAAACUGGGUGAAGAACUUUGUGGACAGCCCCGUCAUAGUAGACGCCAAGCGGGACGUCUUUUACAAACAGCCAACUUUCUACAGCAUGGCCCACUUUAGUGCAUUCCUGUGGGAGGGGUCGCAGAGGGUGGGCGUGUCCGCUAGUGCAAAGACACAGCUAGAGUUCUCCGCCUUCGUCAGACCAGACGGCUCUGUGGUUCUCAUCGUUCUCAACAGGUCAUCAUCAGCCAUUCAGUUUGAGGUGUGGGAUCCGGCUGUGGGUUACAUUCCCUGCACCGCGCCGGCCCAUUCGCUGCUCACGGCGGCUUGGAACGCACACUGA